GGUCCCCCGCUGGGCGACCCGCCCGCCGCGGACCGAGUUGGAGGAACUUUGCACAGCUCCGCGCCAGAGCCUGGAGCGGCGAAGUGCUCCCCCUCCUCUCCAGCGCCCCCCUCCCUCUGCCCCCGCCUCCCGGUCCUCGCCCAGGCGCGAGCUCCGGUGAUAGGACGAGCCCCGGGCGUGCAUUGUGUAUAUGCAAACCAGAGCCCCGGCUCCCCAGGGCUGCCCAACCCGGCCGGGGCUGCGGCGGCGGCUGGCGCUGCAGUGGGCGCUGCUGUCCUCGCCGGAGCCGGGCACUGUCAUGCCCCCGCCGCGCGGCGGGCCCCUGCGUCCCGGAGCCGCUAUAUAAGCGCAGGGAAGGGGACAAUCGGAGGGGCUGAAGAUGAAGGUGCCCGCGCAUGGGCCCCCACUGAUUGCCAACCCCUCCCGAGCCCGCGCCCCGCGCGGAGCCCGCGGCCGCCGAGGACCCGCCUUCGCCGCAGUAGCAGCUGGAGCAGCGACAGAGGAGGCAGCUGCGGCGGUGGCGGUGGCGGCGGCGCCCGUCGCCCGAGCGCGCAGAGCGGCGGCGGCAGCUCGGGGGCCGCCGCUGCCCCGGCUGCCAUGAGUUGUGCGGAGGUGAUGUAUCACCCGCAACCGUAUGGAGCGCCCCAGUAUCUGCCCAACCCUGUGGCAGCUGCAACCUGCCCCACAGCCUACUACCACCCGGCGCCCCAACCUGGCCAGCAGAAGAAGUUAGCGGUAUACAGCAAGAUGCAGGACUCUCUGGAAGUCACCCUUCCCAGCAAACAAGAGGAGGAGGAGGAUGAGGAGGAGGAGGAGGAGGAGGAGGAGAAAGACCAGCCUGCCGAGAUGGAGUACCUUAACUCUCGCUGUGUCCUUUUCACUUAUUUCCAGGGAGACAUUGGGUCAGUAGUGGAUGAACACUUCUCAAGAGCUUUGGGCCAAGCCAGCACCCUCCAUCCAGAAUCUGCCAUUUCAAAAAGCAAGAUGGGGCUAACCCCCCUAUGGCGAGACAGCUCAACUCUCUCAAGCCAGCGGAGUAGUUUCCCGACUUCCUUUUGGACCAGCUCUUACCAGCCCCCAUCUGCACCCUGCUUGGGGGGUGUUCAUCCUGACUUCCAGGUCACUGCACCCCCUGGCACCUUUACCGCAGCUGACCCCAGCCCCUGGCCAGGACACGGGCUGCAUCAGACUGGCCCGGCCCCGCCCCCUCCCGUGUCUGAGCCCUGGCACUAUCCUUUGGCAUCUCAGGUGAGCCCGUCCUACAGCCACAUGCAUGAUGUAUACAUGCGACACCACCACCCCAGUGCCCACAUGCACCACCGCCAUCCCCACCACCACCACCACCCUUCUGCUGGCUCUGCCCUGGAUCCGUCCUACGGGCCCCUGCUGAUGCCCUCAGUGCGUGCGGCCAGGAUUCCUGCUCCCCAGUGUGACAUCACAAAGACAGAUCCGACUACAGUCACCACUGCUACCUCAGCGUGGGCCGGAGCCUUUCAUGGAACCGUGGACUUAGUGCCAAGUGUGGGGUUUGAAACAGGUCUACAGCAUCAAGACAAGAGCAAGGAAUCACCAUGGUACUGAAACACAGUAUUAGCAAGUCAGGUUGGAGUGUGACUCCGUGGGCCCACUGGGAAAGAUGCUGCCAGGAUUUCCCAUUCUGCAGUGGGACACGAUAGACAUGCAAGAAGAGGAAGUAUCAGCCAGCUGACUUUGGUUGGGAGCCUUUUCUUGAGAAAGCAGAGUGGGUUCUAGACAUUGAAGAAAAGCAUUUUUGUUUGUUUUUUUCCCCUCAUCUGAGCCUUUGCCAACUGUGCAACUCUUUUUUAAGUCUUGCUUUUAUGGAUACAUGGUUUAAUUUUUGUUUCCUUUGGAUUUUUUUUUUUUCCUUUUUGAACCAACCACCUUGUCAGGAAAAGAUGAACCACAAAUGAAAAUGCUCAUUCUUUCAGGAAUACAAUUUUGUAGCUCUAUGUGUAUCUAUUUUUGUAGAAAUACGGAAAGUUUGAUUUAGCAUUGAUGGGCUAUUUUUGAGGGAUGUAUUUUUUUUAAUAUUGUAAAAAUUGUUAAGUUCUGUUUAAAGAACUUGCUCUCAGAGAAGCACUGGCAAAAAUGUUGAAAAGGCUUAUCUUUAAGAUGUCUGUAAUAUGCUCUGUGCUUUCUAGGUUACCUCAAGUGUUUGACCGUUUCUCCUUUUUUACAAAAGUAGCACCAUAGCCAAGCCAAUAUAGUAUUGUUUUAUACUAAAUCUCAGUGAAGAUUUAAUGCCAUGCUAGCUCACUUAGCUUUGAGUUAUAUGCAUAGCUUGAAAAGGAAGUGUUUUAAUGACCACACUUAAGAAAGGAUAUUUCAUUACUUCGAUUUGUCCCAAAGAGUACUUGGAAGUUGACUAAGUUUUGCAGAAACUUUAAAUCAGAGGGAGAGUUUGCCUAGAGUAUAUAAUUGUCUUUUUAGCCCAUCCAACUUUGAUAAAUGGAACCAGUUUAUAUCCAACUACUGGGGAAAAAAAUGCAUUUACCCAUGCUACCUUUGAUUGCCAGUGGCUUGGUUUCCUUGUUUCUAUUUAUGCAAUCAUGGCAAUUUUUAAGGUCCUAUUUAAGUGGACUUUUUUUCCCUAGAGAUGUUCAAGGGACAAUAUUUGGGAAGGUACUAGAUGCAUCACAAAGCCUUUAAUUCAAUGAUUAUUUCUGAUCAUUUUACUCAUCAUUGUAAAUUAAAAAAUAAUAUAUAUGUAAUACUUUAAACAUCUUUUUUUCAAGACUUUCUUGUUUGUUUAAAUCUGGUCUUAGUUGAUUGAACUCUUUUAAGAAAACUUUUUAGAGCAAAAUGAAAUUUAAAUUGGAAUUUAUGCCACAGUUACUUAAAUUGGGGUUACAAAUGGACUAUUCUUUGAAAUUUAUCCUUGAAAACUCAGGAUUCAACUUGGGAUGGCCCUCAGGAUCUAAAUAAGGUGAAGUUGGAAUUACCAUUAAGACCUUGUUAGGAAAAUAUUAGGGUUAUAAAAAUAGCAGUUAUGAAGAAUUUUUGAUGCAAAGUCCAUUCUCAUCUAGCUGCUUCCAGAGAUGGGUCACAUUAAAAAGUUAGUGUUAUAUAGAAGUUUUAGUUUGGUAAAAGUUUCUCAAAUGUGCCCCAUCCUGGUCUUAACCCAUAUGAAAUACAGUGUUUAAUGAAAUACCACUUUCCACUUUAAAUUGUGUAUAUCUUGUGCAUAUACAUUUUAGCUAUAAGAGCAGCACAACCUCUGCUCAGCUAGGCAGGGCUCUUAUAGAUAAUUUAAAGUAGUUCCCUUAUCUCUGUUUUUUGCAUUGAUUUUCUUUCCUGGUGCUUCUGGUGAGUUAUAAAUCUAUACACUCUCUUAUAUUGUUAUCAUAAGUUGCUUCUUCUUAACCAAACUCUCCUUAACACAAUGUGCAUAUUUUUACCAAAUGUGAGGUCAAAACUUAAGGAAUUUUCGACUUAUAAAUCAUAGUACAAAUGAUAUGAACUUAGAUUUCUAGGGAGUGGUUUGGUUAAAUUAUCUAUAUUUUGAUCUAUAGUUUGAUUCGUUAUAGUUAUAUGUACUUUGCCCAAUAUGUGGAGCAUGAAGUUAAAUGAAUCUGUAAAAUUGGUUUCCUCUUGUGUCCUCCUGAGUUUUCAAAGUCAAGUAUUCAUGCAGUUCCCAGGGGAUGACUCCCUGGGAAUUAUUUAUUUUCCUCCCCUUCUCUUGGAACCUAUUAAUUUCCUUUGCAGUUUCUCUUAGAAUAGCAUUGUACUCCAGCUCAUUCAGGUCAUUCAAUUGGAGUUUCCCAAUUAAGGGAGAAGAAAAGUGUUAACUCUCUGCUCCUUUCCUUACUCGCCAUUGUACUGAAUUCAAGGAGUGAGAGACAAGUGUAUAGCUACACCCUGAAUUUGGACUGUGUUCUGUGCCACUCCUGAUAACUACAGUAUGAAAGGUUCGUUGGCUCUGGGGUCCAAGAAAAGUUGGAGAUCUGAAUUCUGCUGUAUCCAGGAAAGAUUUGUAAGUGAGGUCUCCUGUUAAGAAAAGGCAUUGUUGACAUACUGCAAGGAUUAGAUCUUUAAACAGGCAAGGAAUGGAUCAAAGUCUAAGUAAAAAGAGAGUGCGUGUCUCUAUCAUUGUCUGGCAUCCCCUUGGUGUUCUGUUUUGUUUUGUUUAUUUGACUGGUACCCCCUUGUUACGAUCAUAUUACCUACACCACCUUAAGUAAAAGAGGAUGAGUUUUAAUUUAACAUGAUAUUCUGAAUUUAAGUUUAAAAUGCUGUCACUCUCUGGGUGUGCUCUUCGCAUAUCAAAAUGAUGCUGUUGAACUUAGAGGCUUCUAACCUGCUUCACUGAGGGCUACCAACUUUCUUCCCCAUUCAUUUGGAACCACUCCACCUUUGACUACUUUAAAAAUUAGACUUCUUUCAAGGUUUUUAAAGGUCUCUGAGCUAGACCCUACUAAAUCAUCUCAUUUAUUUGACAUCGAGUCAAGGCUUUGACUGCUAUAAACCAACAUAAGUUAAGGAACAACAUAAAAGUGUUAAGUUAGAUCUCAACAGGCUAUUUUGUCCCUCACUGUUUAUUUGAAAAGAGCAUCUAAAUAUUAUACAAACCAGUGUUUCUUUUUAAGAAGGUUAACCAUCCCCUCUGAACUUUCAUCUGCCAUGUUUUUUUUUCUUUCUCUGUCCUCUUGAAAUUAUUUACAUUAUUAUUUUAAGCAAAAAUGGCCAGGGUUGCUCUACAUUUUGCAAAUGGGAACCAGUGGGUUGCAAAUAAUUUAAGGAAUUAAUUCUUUUAACUUUAUAAAAAAACUUAAAAAAAGACAAAUUUUAGUCACUGGUAUAAAACAUGCCCUUGCAGAGCUCAAUAUUCAUUUUGGAAAUCAUAUUCCUAUGCUAAGACCUGCAGAACAGGCAGGAUCUAUCCAGUUUUUGCAUUGGCUAUCUAGUUUAAUGUUACAUUUGUUAUUUGAAGUUGCAAUCAGAAACAGUAUUUCAAGAAACUAAAUUCUAUUUCUUAACGAGUGUCCCUUUGUUACAUAAUAUUGCCAAAUUAAGUCAGUGGGGCAAUGGCAUUAGUGGUAGAAAAGGAAAAUUUAUAUAUUGGAGUGUUGACUGAGGAAUGAAUAGAGAAGCAAAAUGAAUUCAUGGAAAAGAGCAUUGACUUGUGCGUUAGGUCAUUGUCUGAAUUCUGGCUUGGCCACAAUUAGGUAUGUGUGAUUUGGGUUUUAUUUAUCUUAUGAGCAAAGUGAGAUAACUACCUAAGUGGCAGGCUGUGAAGUCUGAAAAUCAUAUCUUUCUAUCUAUCUAUCUGUGUAUCCAUCUAUCUGUCUAUCAUCAGUCAUCUCUGUCUCAUAGUAAAUGUUCAGUAAGCACCACAGUGUACCACAAAUGUCUGUCAAUUAAGUAAGUCAUAAAAUUGAGCUCCCAGAUGUCCCUUCUUUAUACUUCCCAUAUCCACUUCUGCAGCAAUCAAAUAGAUAUAUGACUGCUUUUUCAUCACAAAUUGUUGCAAGAGAAUCUUUUCCACUACUAUUUGUUGAAGAUAAAAUGUAAAUUUCUUAAUUAUUUCUGUUACUUUAGUGUGUCACUUAUGAAGGAAAAUAAAUUAACAUUUUAGUGGUGUGUAGAUCCAACUGUGAGUUUUCUUACAUUUCCAAAACCCUAUUCAUCCAGGAUCCUAUGUAUUAUUUUCUCUCAUAUUAAGGCAACAUCUUUACUAAAUCACCAAAAUUUAUAUUUUUUUCAGUUCUAUUUUGGCUUCUUUAGCACCUGGAAUAAAAACCUCUUUUUUGAAGUUAUUCUUUUUUUUUUUUUUUUUUCACUUGCCUUGGAGGAAAAAUUGCAAAAUAUGAUGGAAAAAAAUCGUUUGCAUGAAAAGGGGAGGGAAAAAAAUCCCUUUACAAUCUCAGCAGAUUUACUCUGCUUGAGAAAAAAGAAACAAUUUUAUUGGAAGCAGAUGUUGACACUGUGUCAGUUAUUGAAGAUGGAAAGAGUUCACUUGAACCAUUGCAGUUACAAAGGAGUAUUGAUGGCAGUUAGAAUCCCUGUGAUUGAUCACCUUCACAACAGACAUAAGGACAGCAGAAAAGCAGAAACUGUAUGAGACCAAGACUGAAAUCCGCCUGCUGAUUUUCAUGUACAGGAUCUUAAGAACCCAGUUUCGCUUCGUUUUGUGUUUUCUUUCCUCCAGGAUAAAAGACAUGUCUUUCAGAAAAUUUAAAGCUUCUUUGAGAAAUUGAAAUUUAUUCUCUGAAAACAUGGCCUAAGAGCUCUUUAAAUCACUUAUUAAAGUAUUAAAACUCUUAUAUAAAAGUCAUUUUCAAAAAAUAGUUUUAGUUAAAAAACGUGUGUGGAAGACAAAUAGAUAAGCUGCACAAAAGUAGAUGGUUGAAGAUUGGGGUAUGGGUGGACCCUCUAGGAAGACCUCAGUCUCAAGAGCUUCAAAAUGUUAAUUACCUUGGUAACUUGGUCAUGGACAUUGGGCACAGAACAGACUUUCGGAAUUUUUCAGCAGGCUUUUUUCUUUUAGUGCGCUCUGGGAAUUUCACCCUAUACACUUUUCCAAAAUAUAGAAAUAGCCAUUAUUAUUAAAAUAUCCUAAUUUUCUUAUUUCCUUUAUUGUCCAUUAUCCUUUAUUUGUUUAUUUGAAAAAUAUUUGUAUAGUUUCAAAUAAUUGAUCAAACAAGUAUUCACUUGAAAUUGCAAAUUAAUUAGAUUCAAUAAAUUUAUCUGAAUCUCCUUCUAAAGUUCCAGGAAAUACUAAUUGGAUUAAGUGUAAUUUACCAGUUCCAUUAUAUAAGAAAAUUAUGAUACCUUCUAGAAAGGGCAGGUUACUGUCAAUUAGCUUCUUUUUUUAACAAUUUCUGGACUACUAAAUUUUGACGUAAGAAUAGCUCUUUUAGAAUAUAAGAUUCUUUAGGAGAUUUUUGUUUGGUGUAUGCAUAAGAUGUGAACUUUUCUAAUAUCUCUUUAUACUAAUAGAGAUGUACAUUUUUUUAUUCUGUGGCUAGGGCAGAAAUUAAUAAUGAUUAUUUACACACAUGAUUUAAUUCCUUAGAUUAUUUACAAUCUUGGAUAUUAUAUAUGAUUUAAAAAGACUAUUCCAUACAUUUUUCUGGAUAUACAGUAUAGGGAAGAGUUUCCAUGUGAAUUCUUUGUAUCAUUUUAAAAUGCAUAUGUUGAAAGGGAAAACAGAUUAAUUUUUAUCAUAUAAAUCUAGGAAGCUGAAAUAACUUUUAUAAGAAAUAAUGUGGAAGACUUUAUAUUUGUCACUUGAUUAAGUAAACUGAAAACUAUUAAUAGAAAUAUUAUCCUGCACCAUUGAAGUACAAUAAAAUUCCAGACUUGAUAGUUUGAUGAGCAAUUUUAUGCUAUCUUAAUUUUACAUUUCUAGAAAGACAAGUAAUCUUGCCUAUGUUGUCAGUCUUAAUUUACAAAGUUCAUAAAACUUUUGGUGUCACAAACUAAUUAAAAAGUCUUAAUUUUUUUUUUUCUGUUCUUUUUCUGGGGUUCGGGAAAGAGACAUUUUCGUAUUUCUGUUCAUUCUUCAAAUGCUGGUCGCAUAAUAUGUCAGUGAUAAAAGAUGGUGGAGGACUUUGUAAGUAAAAACAAUGUUAUCUUCAAUAUGUUCAAUAAAUAAUUUAAUGUGAAUUUAA